GCUUGCGUACUAGCUCAGGACUGCAGAGAGAAUCCCGCAGUUGUCAGGAGGAACGCGCAGGAAUGCGACACUGUCUCUUUAUAAAUGACUGUAGCUAGCGCCGUAGCGUCGAAGGAAACCUCAUGUUUCUGCGUUCUGCCCAUGUAACUGCACAGCUCUUCAAGUAACGGCUCCAGAGCGAUGAAGGACGCUAACUCUCAUUACUCGUUGGGGACAUAAGUUACUCGGGUCGCUUGUCGCCAUGGCCUCUUUAACCGUCAGCUCGGCGGCUCGGAGCACCGAGAAGCAUCGGAAGUCCUUCUCGCUGCUCUUCUACCGGGCUGUGCGGGACCUGAAGCCGGUCUGGAUGCUGGAGGACAUAAGGACGAUGGAGACUUUUUACCAGGAGGAGAACGCCAGCCAGAGGCAUUACACCCCGUCGGAGGCGUUGCUCUACGCUAUAGUUCACGACCACCAGGCGUACGCCCAGUACCUGCUCAGCCGGUACACCGACGAAGCGCUAGCAAAGCCCGGGGAGCGCUUCUGCUGCUGCCCGUCCUCCGCCCCACACCUGGCUACGGCUGUCCGCUACGACAGGCUUUACAUUCUCGGCCUCAUCUUACAGGGGACUCAUCGGGUAGCCAGCACGCCCCCUUACACGGACCGAGCCGGAUUUUUUCACAUGGAGGACGGCAGAACCCCUUUACAUCUAGCCUGCGAGCUCCUGCGGCCCGAGGCGGUCGCCAUGCUGCUGGGGAACGGAGUGUCCCCGCUCGCCCUGGACCACAACAGCUUGACCCCGCUGGAUAUCAUUCUGGAGAAACUCAGGGACUCCAAGGAGGUGACCGGCGGGGAGAGGAGGCAGUGUCUGGACAACCUGCUCAUGUUCAUGCCAAAGGUUCACUUUAAAAUGAAAGGAGCUCUGGGCAGAGAGCCGGAGCACUGGAGCAAGGUGCUGGGCGAGGAGACCUACAAGUACCUGGCAGGAAGAAGCCCGGCGCCGCUGGUCCUCGCCGCUAUGCAGACUAUUCUGAAGCAGCUGAGCCCUACGACCUUCCCGGACAGCCUGCAUGAGCUGCCCAUCCCCUCCUCCCUCAAACCGCCGGGUCUGCCUGUGACCCCGCGGGACAGGCAGAGGGUCGCGGUGUAGCAUCAGUAUGAUGUGAUGCAUGAACACUGUUCUAUGUUAGCAUGAUGUGCGUGUGUGUGUGUUUGAAGAGCCUACAAAGCGGUAACACUUCAUUAUAGGGCUGCACAGUAAACACUAAGAGUCAGGGAACAAAUGAAUGAAUCAGACUUAUCACACUGUUGGCCCACUGAUUGAAUUGACUGGGAACUGGAGGUCUACUGCACUGCAGAGGAAGGGGGGCCAGCAGUGGGAAGACUAGGAAGUAAACAGCCAUAUUCUUUAACUUUUUCAGGCAUCAGUUUAUUCUAAUUUAUCUGACCUCAUUCCAAAGUGUUACCUCCUAAUACUACUGCUAUUCACUGUAUAAUAUCAGAGGAUAGACCAACCGUGAUGACAGUCUAAAUGAACUGUGUUACUGUUGAUUUGAAUUCAUUUGGCUUGUAUUUAACAGGAAUGUAGAUGAAAGUGAUGUAUAGAUCACUUGAUUUUUUUUUUUUUUAAAGAAUAGAAAUCCAAGUGAUGAUCUUAUUUUGUCUUUCUUGACUCCAUGAAUGCCAUUGAACAUGUUUGUUGAUAUCUGCUGGUUUUCAUCACCUAACUACAAUUUCUCCACAAUAAACGACUAACGGUGGAAGAAACCAACCGUGGGGACAUA